ACCACGUUCUCGUGCGAACUACCCCAAGUGCAAUCACCCGGUUGACGCGUUUUCCUUCCACCCGCCGACGUUUGUAAAACGCUGCAGGCGACCACCAAAAUAAUAGGGUCACGCGUAGCAUAAUGCUACGAGAAAAACGUCAAUGGUCAUCCGACACUUUUCAGCGUGUCGUUAAUACCGCACAUUAUGCGAAAAGAUAAAUAAAAUGAAAAGAAUUCGAUCAAAGUUAAUUUUUGCAGUAUAAGAAUAUCAAGAAAUUAAAAUAUUUAGCAUGGCGGCUGUGAAGUCGUGAGUGCGAACAAACAAUGGUAGUGAUUUUAAACGCUAUUGUAGUUUCUUUGCUGUCAGUUGUCGUUGCAAAAGUCCAAAAAAAAUGUGUUUUGGAAUUGCCUACAAGCGGCUCUCACGAUGUUUACUGUGACGUCAUACCGUACAAAAUUGACUUAAAUCACACUGACGGUAUGACUAAACUAGACAUAUCGCAAAAUAAUUUGAAUGGGAUUUAUAUUUAUAGUGAUAAAAAAAAAACAUUACCUACACUUGACGUGUCCAGAAACAACAUUCUAAGUCCUUGCCACGUUGCCAUUAAUAAUAUGGUAAGUGUUGAUUCUAUGAUAUUAUCGUUCAAUAAGAUAUACAAUUUCUCAAUGUGUUCAGAUAUUAGAAAUUUAACACUAAGUUGGAAUUACAUUAAGUCAUUAAAUAAAACUGAUAUGGUAAAUGCAUCUUCUUUGGAAGUUUUGGAUCUUGGAAAUAAUUUUAUCUUGUGGAUUGAAAAUGAUACAUUUGUUGGAAUGCCGGAUCUUCAAUGGUUGGACUUACGAGGUAAUGCGUUAACGAGAAUAUCAGAAAAAACGUUACCCAGUACUACGUUACGUUAUCUCGAUGUUUCUGAAAACUAUGAUCUUGAUCGUACAACAGUAUUUCAGCCAUUUGAAAAUUUAGUUGAAUUGAACAUUGCCAAAAACGCAGAAUUGGCUCCCGUUGUUUUGGGUUCCGGUCCAAGACUUCAAGCAUUAGAUGCUUCGUAUACUAAUCUUACAGAAAUUCCAGUUACGCCAGCUCCGCUCUUAGGUUCACUUAUUUUGAGUGGUAAUAUGAUAAGAACAGUGAAUAGUGGUGACUUGGAUGGUUUUCCACUUCUCCACUUGCUUAACAUUAGUGCUAAUCACAUUAAAAUUGUAGAAGACGACGCAUUUGGUCGGCUUGAUUUACUGAUCUUAUUGGACUUGAGUGAUAACUUAUUGGAAACAGUACCAAAAAGUUUACCAGAAAGCUUAGAAAAAUUAAAUUUAGAAAGUAAUAGAAUACAGAACUUGGGAGUCGAAGAUUUUGAGGGCUGCAAACGACUGAAAAUAUUAAACGUUCGGAAAAAUAAUAUUCAGCAUAUACAGGACUUUACGUUUGCGUCUUUAUUAUUUCUUGAUACUUUAGAUUUAUCUGAAAAUCCAAUCAAAAUGAUCACUAGAGAAAUGUUAGCAGGUCCAGUAAAAUUAAAAGUCUUGAAGCUGGAGAGGCUAAUGGCACCAGAAACACCAACAUUCCCAUUCACUGAUACACGUUACUUGAAUCGAAUCCAAUUGGCGCACAGCAAACAUCUUGCUAAAAUUUUAUUAAACGACAGUGCUGUAUUGUCAUCUAUGUUUCAACUUGAAUAUUUAGACUUAACGGAAUGCAAUGUGACUUCACUUCCUAACCGCUUACCUUAUCAUAUGCCUAAAAUUAAAACAUUAAUAUUGAACGAGCUCAAGUGCAUCGAAUCGUGGCUCAGAGACUGGCUAUGUGAGAUUUAUACAUCCGAAGAUCAACAUUACAAGUUACAUAAAUCUGAGUUGAGACUCAGAAACUAUCAACUGAAAAAAUUCAAAUCCUCUGUGGAAAGUGUGCAAUGUAGACGAAAUGAUGGUUAUUUUCAACAAGUGUUCGAUUCAGAAUACUGUGCCACUUUGACUACGAUUCCGACCUAUCGAGUUACUACGACUACAAUAGAACAAGCAGCAGUAUUUGCACGAUUAAGAUCGAAAGAAGAUCCUAAAAAUUCACACGUUUUAGCAAAAAAAACUCAUUCAGGUGUGAUAGUUUUUGUGUGUGUUGUGUUGUUAUUGAUACUUUUAGCGACUGGUACUGUUUGGGUUAAAAUAAAAGGGGACACAAUAAAGAGAUUGCAUUGGAGGCAAAAUAAAGUUGAUGUGGAUUACCAAAGUAUCGAAAUUAAGAACCUGGAAAGCUUUAGUCACGUAGAAAGGUGGUGAAAUAAGUCUGAAGAAUAAAAUGUUUAUAAGUAUAAUUAUUAAAACUUGUAUUUAUUUAUUUAUUUAUUUUAUUAUUAUUAUUUUUUUUUUUUUUGUGAUGUUUUUAAUAUUUAAAACCAAAGCUGAAAUGGAGCAGCGUAGCAAAAUUGUAUUAUUUAAAAAUAAGUAAUUUUUCAUUACUUAACUAAAAAAACUCAAUUCUGCUAUUACUAUAUUAUAAAUAGUAAAUAAUUUCAAUAUUUAUUAUAAAAUUAACACAUUAAUUUGAUUGAAUAUCG